CCAAUUGGAAGUAUUGCUCCAAUUUCUGAAAUUCAGGCUCGUUGGGUAACCCAGGUAUUCGUUGGGAAUGCCAAGUUACCAUCAGAAAAAGAAAUGUGGAAGGAUAUCGAUCUGAAAAGGCGAGUCAUGAAAAAAAGGUAUUUCGCAAGCGAAAAGCAUACAAUGCAGGUUGAUUUUGUGAAAUAUAUGGAUGAAAUUGCUACAAUGGUAGGCUGCAAGCCAAACCUUUGGAAGGUUUUGUUCUCCAGCCCGUCAUUCGCCUUACGCCUUUUCAAAGGUGCCAACGUCCCAUAUGUCUAUCGUCUUGUGGGACCAAAUAAAUGGGAUGGAGCUUACGAUGCUGUUUGUACGGUACCACAGCGAGUGAAGAAACCACUCAAAACACGUCAAUGCCGAAUGCAAAAACACAAACAACGUGGAGUAACGGUAAUUCAAUCUAAUCCUCUCUGA